AUGGGUGUUCCGGUUUGUUGUGUGUCUCAACCGGAUAUCCCCUUUGUGGGUGUGGAUCCUCCUUUGAUGAAAUGCGAUGUAACUCAAACAUGUGUGGAUACAACUGAUGUUUUUGUAACUGGUCAAAAAUUUGCUACAAGAGAAGAAGCGAUAAGUGGGAUUAAGGAGGUUGGCAUCAGGAAUAAAGUGACAGUUAUAAUAACUCGUUCAGAUACCAAAACAGGCAAGAGAGGAAGAAGUGAUAAAUUAGUAUUUGGUUGUGAUAGAGGUGGAAAAUACAAAAAAACAGAUAGUGAAACCCAAAGUGCUAGUAAGAGAUGUGGUUGUCCUUUCAAAAUUAGGUCAACACCGUCGAAAGAUGGUUCUGGAUGGAAGAUCGAUGUAAAAUGCGGAGUACACAACCACGGCUUACCUGAUAGAUUUGAAGGUCAUGCUUUCGUAAGUCGACUAAAUACAGAUGAUAAGCAAUAUAUUGUUGAUUUGACAAAACGCCAUGUUCCACCAAGACACAUAUUAUUAUCAUUGCAAGAGCGUGACCCGGAGAAUGUCACUCAGAUCACGCAAAUAUACAAACAUAAGAGUAAGAUACAAAAAGACAUAAGGGGUCCCAGAACAGAAAUGCAACAAUUGCUCAAGUUGGUUGAAGAAUCGGGUUAUGUUUACUGGAGUAGGAAAAAGGAUGAGUCAGAAGUUGUGAGAGAUAUUUUUUGGGCUCAUCCAGAAUCAGUGAAGCUGUUGAAUAUGUUUCCUAUUGUAUUGAUUAUGGACUGCACAUACAAGACAAACAAGUACAGACAACCGUUGUUUGAAAUAGUUGGUAUGACAUCAACUAAAUUAACAUUUGUUGUUGCAUUUGCCUAUAUGGAAUCUGAGCAGACAGAGACUUUUUGUUGGGUAUUGGAUAAGUUGAAACAGUUGUUUAUCAAGCAGGAUGAUUAUCCUCAGGUAAUCUUGACUGAUAGAGAUAUUGCUUUAAUGAAAGCCAUUGAAAUAGUAUUUCCAAAGACAACUAAUUUUCUUUGCCGAUAUCACAUCAACAAAAACGUGAAAUCAAAGUGUAAGGAACAUGUUGUGGAUGAUAUGCGAGAAAAUGUGGUUUGA